CGGAGCGGAAGCCCAAGCCAGGCUCUUGCUGCUCCUGCUUCUGGGGCUCUUGGGCUGGAGGAUCCCCCCAGGAUCCCUCCUUGGAGCAUGAUGGAGGAGGAAGAGGAGGAGGAGGAGGAGGAAGAAGAAGAAGCAGAGGCUGCUGCUGCUGCGGAGUUCGAGAGGCACUGGAGGCAGGAGUUCCCCGGGGAAGGCGUCCCAGCCUUGCGCUUGGCUCCAGGGGCCCUGGAAGAGGAGCUGGGCCGCUGCAAGGAGAGGCUGCGGGAGCUGCAAGGAGCCCUGGCCCGGGAGAAGGCCAAGGAGGGCUUCCUGGAGGCUGCCCUGGAGAAGAAGAAGAGGAGCAGCAGCAGCAGCAGCAGGGGGAGAAGGAGUACUCCCAGGGAGGCUCCCCUUCCUCCUCCUCCUCCUCCUCCUCCUCGGAGGGAGACCCCCAAAACAGCCAAAGAAGGGAGCAGCAGCUGCAACAGCUCCGACCCAGAGGAUGCCUCCUCCUCUUUGGACUUCAACUACGGGACGGAGGAUUAUGACGCCGAGGGGAACGAGGAGCCCAAAGUGCCGCCCGGCGGUUCGGAGACCAUGCCAUACAUCGACGAGUCGCCCACCAUGUCCCCCCAGCUCAGCGCCCGAGGCCAGGAAGGCGGAAACGGCAAGGACGGGCCAGAGAGUGUCUCACCUACGGCUACCGACGGGAUGGGCACCGGGAGCGAACACGAUGCCGGGAAAGGCGUGGAUAUGCGGAGAGUGGUCCUCAAGGAUUUCUUGGCCAACGAAGAGAUGUACAUAAACCAGCUGGAAGCACUGUUGCUGCCGAUGAAGCCCCUGAAGGCGACGGCAACCACCUCCCAGCCUGUCCUCACCCUCCAGCAGAUCGAGACCAUCUUCUACAAAAUCCAGGACAUCUACGAGAUCCACAAGGAGUUCUACGACAGCCUCUGGCCCCAAGUCCAGGACUGGGAUAGCAGCGUUGUCCUGGGCCACCUUUUCCAAAAGCUGGCCAGCCAGUUGGGGGUGUACAAGGCCUUUGUGGACAACUACAAAAUUGCGUUGGAGACGGCCGAGAAGUGCAGCCAGAGCAACAACCAGUUCCAGAAAAUCUCAGAGGAGUUGAAAGUGAAGGGGCCAAAGGAUUCGAAAGAAAGCCACACCUCGGUCACCAUGGAAGCGUUGCUGUACAAACCUAUAAACCGUGUGACCCGCAGCACUCUUGUGUUACAUGAUUUGUUGAAGCACACGCCCUCCGACCACCCCGACUACCCGCUGCUCCAGGAUGCCCUCCGCAUCUCCCAAAACUUCCUCUCCAGCAUCAACGAAGACAUCGACCCACGCAGGACGGCCGUCACCACGCCCAAAGGAGAGACCCGGCAGCUGGUCAAAGAUGGCUUCCUGGUGGAACUGGCGGAAGGAUCCCGGAAGCUACGCCACGUUUUCCUCUUCACUGAUGUCCUUCUUUGCGCCAAGCUGAAGAAGACUGGAGUGGGGAAACACCAGCAGUAUGACUGCAAGUGGUACAUGCCUCUGGCGGAGCUGGUCUUCCCCUCGUUGGAAGAGUCGGACUCUUGCCCACAUGUCCAUGCCAUGCCUGACCACGAUCUGGAGGACAUGAAGAUGAAGAUCUCCUCGAUGAAGAGCGAGGUGCAGAAAGAGAAGGCCAACAAAGGACAGAGUCGAGCCAUGGAGCGGCUCAAGAAGAAGAUGUUUGACAAUGAGUUCUGGCUGCUGCUCAACUCGCCCUCCAUCCCCUUCCGGAUCCAUAACCGCAAUGGAAAGAGCUACUUGUUCCUUCUGUCGUCUGACUAUGAGCGGGCGGAGUGGAGGGAAGCCAUCCAGAAACUCCAAAAGAAGGAUCUCCAAACCUUUGUGCUAAGCUCCGUCGAGCUUCAGGUGCUGACGGGUUCCUGCUUUAAGUUACGCACGGUGCAUAAUAUCCCAGUCACCAGCAAUAAGGACGACGACGAUUCUCCGGGGAUGUAUGGCUUUUUGCACGUCAUCGUCCAUUCGGCCAAGGGCUUCAAACAAUCUGCCAACCUUUAUUGCACCCUGGAAGUGGACUCCUUCGGGUACUUUGUCAGCAAAGCCAAGACCCGGGUGUUCAGAGACACAACCGAGCCUCAGUGGAAUGAGGAAUUUGAGAUUGAACUGGAGGGCUCCCAGACGCUGCGGAUCCUCUGCUACGAGAAAUGCUACGACAAGAGCAAAAUGAACAAGGACAACAACGAAAUUGUGGACAAGAUUGUUGGCAAGGGACAAGUCCAGCUCGACCCUCAGACCGUCCAGACCAAGAACUGGCACAUGGAUGUGAUCGAGAUGAAUGGGAUCAAAGUGGAGUUUUCCAUGAAGUUCACAAGCCGGGACAUGAGCCUUAAGAGGACCCCGUCGAAAAAGCAAACGGGGGUCUUUGGCGUCAAGAUCAGCGUGGUCACGAAGCGCGAACGCUCCAAGGUGCCAUACAUCGUUCGCCAGUGCGUCGAAGAGGUGGAAAAGCGAGGCAUCGACGAAGUGGGCAUCUACCGGAUCUCUGGCGUGGCCACCGAUAUCCAGGCCCUGAAAGUUGCCUUUGACUCGAACAGCAAAGACAUCCUGAUGAUGCUGAGCGACAUGGACAUCAACGCCAUUGCAGGGACGCUGAAGCUGUACUUCCGCGAACUCCCCGAGCCCCUCCUUACGGACCGGCUUUAUCCUGCUUUCAUGGAGGGCAUUGCCGUCUCCGACCCUUCGGCCAAGGAGAACUGUAUGUUGCAUCUUUUACGAUCCCUGCCGGACCCCAACCUCAUCACAUUCCUCUUUCUGUUAGAACACUUGAAGCGGGUCGCCGAGAAGGAGCCCGUCAACAAAAUGUCUCUCCACAACCUGGCCACCGUCUUUGGUCCGACGCUGCUGAGGCCUUCCGAAGGGGAGACCAAAGGGCACCUCAGCCUGGCCUCCGAUAUCUGGUCCCAUGACGUCAUGGCGCAGGUCCAAGUGCUCCUGUACUACUUGCAGCACCCGCCCAUCUCCUUUGCCGAGCUCAAGCGCAACACGCUCUACUUCUCCACGGACGUGUAACCGCCCUCGGCCCUCCGACUCUGCAGCUGAACGGCGGUCCGCGUUUUAGAAGCAGAGGGACGCGCUGCGGCGACUCAGACCUCGGACGCUGCUCCCCACCAAGGAGGACAUUGCGCCGCCCUGGGACUCACGCUGCCUGUGCCUCUCGGACGAUUUUGUACAACCUCCCCACCUUCCCCGUAACAGCCUUCGACCCUUCGUUCUCCCCUCCUGCACCGUAGUCAGAGUCUCUCAUAUUUAUCAUGUUCAGGAAUGGUUGGACAGCGGGAAAGGGAGCAAGCGACGAAUGGGAACGUGUGGCUUUGAAGGACCAUCCAUCUUUUUCAAAAGCAUUGCCAUCUUCUGGGUUCAACAGAACUGUAUUGCAGCCAAAUCCAACCCGGCUUGGCCUUCCAGCCCGCAACAACACCUGUUUUCUUUGCCCCCCACCCUUUCGUGGCCUGCAUGCGUGGCACUCGCUUGGAUCGUCCUCCUUCGGUGGUUGGGAAGAAACCAAGGGCUCCCUUUUCCUCUCUUCUUUCUAGCCCAGAGUCCCUGCUCCAGCUGUCCGCUCCGGAAGAGCUCCGAAUGGCAGAAAGUGGCUUUUUGAAAAGGAAAAAAAAAAAUUGCCGGUCUACUCCAGGUUCCUUUCUCUGGAGCUUUAUUCUGCGAUCCCUGUCUGUUGGCUUUGUCGCUGUGCGUAACUGUGGGGUGGCAAAAAACUGUCCUUGGACCCCCCCGGACUUCAUACUGUAAAGAGGUUGUAAAGGUACCCUUGGUGGCAGCAAAUGUUGAAGUGGUCCUGACUUUUGUCUGCUAGGUGUAGAUGUGUCUGGAUGCAGUGCAAGUGUGUGUAUGUGUGUGAGAGACAGAAAGUUGUGUCUUUUUCCCCCUUGCAGUUUAUUUAUGGUUAACUUCUCUUGGAACCAGUUUGGUCUAAAUCCUUGUAAGAGAGGACAGGCCUUAUGUCGGCAACUGAAAGUUCCCCAAAGGACGCUUAGAAGGGUGAGUGGACUCCCGGAGAGGGAAGGUCCGGUUGGCUUAUUGGCACUGCCCUGGCACCACUGCUUUGCCUGGCAUCCUCCUCACAAGCCAGAGAGGCAGCGGGUAUUUUUUCUCAGCCCCCUCUCCUCAACCCAGGGUCCCUUCUUUUUUGGGGGGCUGGGUGGAAACAGGCAGCCCCUCUUGUGUCUCAACCAGGGUUCAAUGCUUACAGGGUUCAACUAGGAAGGCUCAGGGAGAAGGCAAAAGGGCCAUUUCGGCUCCAAGGGGGUUCCAUUUUCCCCUCUGCGACAGGCUGGGGACGGGACUCUUCCUAAACACUGUGGGAAUACGGACUCCGUCUUUUGCGGACGGAUCAGAAGCCAAUCUGGCGCCUUCACCAACCUGCCUCCUGGCCUGCUCAGAAUUGGCUCAAAGGAUGGAUCUGCACAGAAGCGGAUCCAUUUUUUGGGCACACCCAGUGUCUUUUUGUAUUAUUUAAAGAGAAAUUGGUUGGCAGAGUCCAAGCUCUGUACCCCAGCAGGACUGCAACGGCUAGUCGUUCUCAGAUUUAGGGUGGGGGGGCCUUCUUUUCCUGCAAACGGUACUGCCUGCUUAAUCCAUGUUCUUGCACUCCUUCGCACCCAAACAGGGAGUUUAAGGGGCUUUGGUCUUACAGUCCCAACCAGAAAACAGGGAGGUGAUUCAGGGACCAGAACUACUUUACUUGCCGGACGCUGGAUUUACGAGCCAGACAGAGUUGUCCACGUUUGUCACCCUCCCGCACAGUCGCUCUUUGUGCGUCUGCCUCUGUCUGUGCGUAUCUGUCGCAGCUGGAGUCGCUGCCACAGAGAAUGGUGUGUGUUCUGAGCGUCUGAAGCCCGACGCCAACAAACAACUUGCACUUGCCUUUGUAAUCUUAUUUUUCUGACAGCAGGGCAGGGGAGGUUGGGACUCCUGGGUAAAGUAGGAACCAUCGAUUGAUAUUUGACUUGUUUAAGGAUAUAUAUUAUAUAAAUACAUACAUAUAUAUAUAUAUAUUUUUGGUUGUGUUCCGUUUCAGGUUUCCUCCCCCUCCGCCCUGUAGGUGACAGACUUUAAAUGGAUGUAAAUCACGUGAGCCAAUCUUUAAGACAAAAAAGAGAGAGAGAGAAAAUGUUAAUAAAAUGCAAAAGCCCAAACGUUUGCACAGA